UGGGCACUGACUUGGCACUCCACAAUCACAAAGGGCUGGAGCCUUAAGGAAGAUACACACGCAUGCAGUAGCGGCGCGGAGACACGGCCCGCGCUGGAAUACGCACACACGUGCUGGAGGACACUCGCUCACCAUCACCCAGACGCAGGACCCUCUGGAUUCGGAAAUGUACCCAUAUUUUUUCUGCUCCACCCUGCUCCUGACUGGACAUCUAUGCCACAUCUCGACAGCUCAAACUCCCCGGGUAUCAGUUGGCAGGACGACGAUAGGUGCUCAUGUCUCUACGUCCUCAGGGCGUAUGCACUUCACCCCAGAGACCCCACCAAUUCUUGGGCUAUCACCUUCCCCGUUUAGCCGAAAAAAUGUGACGGAAUCAAAGAGCGAAGACAAGACACUGCCUGUGACUGUAAAAUCUGACCCGAUGCAUCGCACAACGUCAGAAACGCCAGCUGCCACAACGUUAAGGAACACUAUCAGGGACAGCAGCCCAGCAGUCACCCCACCAGGAAACACCAGCACAGCCAACCGUACUUCGGCGCGGGCAAUGCCCACUACAGGCAGGACCCGCCCCCAGGCCGUGACACCCUCCCAUUCCACUAGAUCAGUGCUGACAACAGCUGCAAGGAAAUCCGCAGUAGUGCCAGCGUCACUCAGCAGCACCACAGGGAUUGUUCCCACCCCGGCUCCGGAGAACAGCCUGGCCAUGAUCGCCUUCGGAGUGAUGAGUUUCAUUCUUGUCCUGGUCGUCGUCAUGGUGAUUUUGGUGACCGCCGUGAAUAUGAGAGGACGGUGCCAAAAGAACAAGGGUGAAGGUAAAAAGAUCUGUGAUUCUGUAGUGUCAGAAGGCAACGUCCCAAUCACCGGCAGGAAAGAGAGCAUAACUUUGGUGUCUGUGAAGAUGAUAAACGCAGAAACAGAUAUAGACACUCCACUGAUCCCAUCGGGUAACAGCAGCCUCCAGAACAGCGAGGACCAGGAAAUACUUAAGGACCUGUUGAACAGCAAGGUGUGAGCCCAGUGUGACCAGUCUUGCUGAACAAGAGACCAUCAUAGUCACUGUGAGCAAUAAACAAUUGAUACAUGCACAACUGA